AGACAAGAAUGGCUGCGGUGUUGUGUUUACUGGGUCGGCGGGGGGUCCUUAGCUCAGCACUGUCUGUAUCUCGGGUGGUUACCCCCCGUGUCUGGCUCGGGUCCAGUCAGCUCUGUCUGAAAAGGGGUCCCCAGUCCCAAUCGCACAGACUUUGCACUUCUUCUGCAGCCGCUGAAUCCAGCGAAGACCAGUUCUUGAAAUGGUUUCUGCUGCUCAUACCUGUUGCCACCUUUAGCUUGGGCACCUGGCAGGUUCAGCGACGAAAGUGGAAGCUGAAACUCCUAGAGCAGCUGCAGGCUCAAGUUAACGCGACACCGAUCACUCUCCCAACUAACCCCACAGAACUUGAAAAAUUGGAGUAUCGUCCUGUGAAGGUGAGAGGUCACUUUGAUCACUCCAAGGAGCUCUACCUACAACCUCGCACACUGAUGGACCCAGAAAAGGAGGCCCAAGAGGCUGGCCAGAUCACCUCAAACACAAAUAGUGGGGCCCAUGUGGUCACUCCAUUUUACUGUACUGACCUGGGAGUUACAAUUCUGGUCAACCGGGGUUUUGUCUCUAAAAAGAAGAUUAAUCCUGAGACACGGAUAAAGGGGCAGGUCGAAGGGGAGGUGGAUUUGGUCGGUAUUGUGAGACACUCAGAGAACCGCCAGCCAUUUGUUCCAGAAAAUGAUCCUGAGAGGAACAGAUGGUAUUACCGGAAUUUGGAAGCCAUGUCAAAGCUGACUGGGGCAGAGCCGAUACUUAUUGAUGCCAGUUUUGACAGCACAGUUCCCGGUGGACCCAUCGGAGGACAGACCAGGGUGACGCUAAGGAAUGAGCACAUGCAAUACAUUAUUACGUGGUACGGACUCUGUGCUGCCACUACAUACAUGUGGUUCAAGAAAUUCAUCCAGAAAGUUCCACGCUAGCUGAUGAUAAUGCUAAGAAC